AUGCCACCAAUAUUUUCCUCAAAAAAUAAUUUGUCUUUAUUCCAAACAACACUAAUUUUAUUAUUAUUAAUUUCCCAAAGCCAAUCCGUUUUCUACAGAAAAAUUCCUUUUAGAUACAAAUCUGUAGUAGAAAAACCCUGGACAAACACAGAAGACGAUAAUAUUGCUGCUGCUAUUUUAACUAGCAGAGAAGAUAAGGAGGAAGGGGAACAAAAUAUAGCACAAUUGUUGGAACAGAUUGAAAAAUCUUCACUCGACUCUCCCGAUAACGACAGCGAAGAAGACUACACUAAUUUAAAAGAAGAUGAACUUCCAUUAAACCAAAAAUUACAAAAAAUAAAUAAUAAUUUAAUUAAGCAAAGGACUGAUAAAAACGGGGAAGAAGUUAUAGCUCUUCCAAAAAAUAUUUUAAUCGAAAAAGAAGAUAUUCUUCCAAAAUAUACACAUUUAAUGGCGUUUAGACCUGAUUAUACUAUUAGGUAG